AAGGUCUUAAAAAGCGAUUCGCCGAAUCCUCAUCCGCCAGACUUCAGGAGCCAUCUUCAGAGACUCUGCUGCCCAGAUUCCCCAUCUUCUUGUCGACAGCGUCCCCAUCCAUCGGUCCGAAAUGCGUGAAAUUGUGCACCUGCAGGCCGGCCAGUGCGGAAACCAGAUCGGAGCCAAGUUCUGGGAGGUGAUAAGCGAUGAGCAUGGUAUUGAUCCCACUGGUACCUACCAUGGAGACAGCGAUCUGCAGCUAGACAGGAUCAGCGUCUACUACAAUGAAGCCACAGGUGGAAAGUAUGUGCCUCGUGCCAUCCUGGUGGAUUUGGAACCCGGCACAAUGGAUUCCGUCAGGUCUGGUCCUUUUGGCCAGAUCUUCAGGCCUGACAACUUCGUCUUUGGCCAGAGUGGAGCUGGGAACAACUGGGCUAAGGGCCACUACACUGAAGGGGCUGAGCUGGUGGACUCCGUCUUGGAUGUCGUGAGGAAAGAGGCUGAGAGCUGCGAUUGCCUGCAGGGCUUCCAGCUCACUCACUCUCUGGGCGGAGGCACCGGCUCUGGGAUGGGCACCCUGCUCAUCAGCAAGAUCCGCGAAGAGUACCCGGACCGCAUCAUGAACACCUUCAGCGUGGUGCCUUCCCCCAAAGUGUCCGACACCGUGGUUGAGCCCUACAACGCCACGCUCUCCGUCCACCAGCUGGUUGAGAACACCGAUGAGACAUAUUGCAUCGAUAACGAAGCACUCUAUGACAUCUGCUUCCGCACACUUAAACUUACCACCCCCACCUAUGGAGACCUCAACCAUUUGGUGUCCGCCACCAUGAGCGGCGUGACCACCUGCCUGCGCUUCCCCGGCCAGCUCAACGCAGAUCUGCGUAAGCUAGCUGUGAACAUGGUGCCCUUCCCCCGUCUGCACUUCUUCAUGCCAGGCUUUGCACCCCUCACCAGCAGGGGGAGCCAGCAGUAUCGCUCCCUUUCUGUUCCAGAGCUCACCCAACAGAUGUUUGAUGCCAAGAACAUGAUGGCGGCGUGCGACCCACGCCAUGGCCGGUACCUCACCGUGGCUGCAGUCUUCAGGGGACGCAUGUCCAUGAAGGAGGUGGACGAGCAGAUGUUGAACGUCCAGAACAAGAACAGCAGCUACUUUGUAGAAUGGAUCCCGAACAACGUGAAGACCGCCGUCUGCGACAUCCCGCCACGGGGCCUGAAAAUGGCAGCCACCUUCAUCGGCAACAGCACCGCCAUCCAGGAGCUGUUCAAGCGGAUCUCUGAGCAGUUCACCGCCAUGUUCCGCCGUAAGGCCUUCCUCCAUUGGUACACGGGCGAGGGGAUGGACGAGAUGGAGUUCACGGAAGCCGAGAGCAACAUGAAUGACCUCGUGUCAGAGUACCAGCAGUACCAGGAUGCCACCGCUGAGGAGGGCGAGUUUGAGGAGGAGGGCGAGGAAGAAGUCGCAUAAAGCCUGAAACGCAGCUAGCACACCCACAUUUCAUCCCCCCAUCCAUCCUAAAUUGAACGUUUCACUGAACACCUACUUAGCUCACUGUUGUUACUUCUAGUGCUCUAGUGUUAGACAUUAAAACUUGCUGUCAUUGGUAAAGUUUUGUUGAAACUGUAUGUUGUUACUGCACUGGAUUGUUUAUCCUGUCAUUGCCUUUUCAUCCACAGAAGCAAAUGACUUUGACUGUGAAGCUCUGAAAGAUGAGGAAGAUUAAAAUUAUGUUUGAAAGCCUC